AGCAUGGCAAUCCUGAGAACUCUGCUUCUUCUUUGCAUUGUGUUCUCCAAUGCAGAGGGUAAUUUGGUUGAAAAAUGCCCUUAUGGAUGGAAAAAUUUUGGAGUCCGAUGCUUCAAGUUCUUCCCUCAGACGGUUAACGUGAUCACAGCAGAGAGAAACUGCCAAAGUCUUGACUCAAAUCUGGCAUCUGUGCACAAUAAAAUGGAAAACGAUUUUCUGAUGAGUCUGUUGCCACCUUCUUCCACGCACUCUUGGAUUGGUGCUCAUGAUGCUAUACAAGAAGGACAGUGGGUGUGGACUGAUGGAACUCCAUAUGACUACACUAACUGGUGCUCUGGUGAACCUAAUGGCGGUGGUUCAGAGAACUGUGUGGUGAUUAACUACAGCUACAUUGAGAGACACAGCUCUCAGCUUUAUUCCUUGGCUUAA